AUGACGAAAUUAAUUGAUGAACCAUAUAAGCCAAUAUAUUGGGUUGUAUGUGGUUUAAAAGUCAUAUUUUAUUUGGCUUUUAUAAUACUCUGGAUAUAUCAAGCUAUAUAUAAUCCAUUUAAAGAGACAUUUAAUAAUUCUAAUCGAUUAUUAGCUGAAGGAAUUAUGGCAGCCUUAUUUGCACUAUCUAUAAUAUAUUUUUUUAUCGAAUUAUAUUUUUUUUACACAUUUAAACGACAAGGAGCAAUCCUUAAUCUACAUAUAUGUAUAAACGCAUUAAUACCCCUCAUUUAUUUUAGUUCUUCUUUAGCUUUAACUUUUUUAACUAUUAGUGAUGAGCCAAUUUGGGAUUUAUAUUCUAUAAUGACUGUGUCAUUAUGGGCAAUAUCAGCGCUCACACUAAUUCAGGAUAUUACACUUAUACAAAAGGAUAUUAAUUGCAUUUUUUUUAAAUUAGUAAAGGAAGUGUUUAUUGGAAUUUAUUUGACAAUUUAUAUUAUUCGAUUUAUAAAAUUUUCACAUUAUAAUUCUUUUAAUGUUGGUACUGGUUACUUUAAGAAUCUUUUAAUUUCUUUUGCUAUUGGGAUCCUUAAUUUAGUACACCCUUGGAUGAUUAAGUAUUUGUUGUUUAGAGAAUCAGCUUUGAUUAUUGUAGAUUUAGUAGAUUUAGUAAUUAUGGUGGCCGCCUUAUUUUAA